AUGAGACGCAAAGAAUUAAGGAACAUAAUGCAAGGAACAAAUGAUAGAAACCACUUCACUUUGGUUGAAAAGUUACCGCGUUUCACAUCGAAUUUCUCUGCACCCAUCACAGAGGAGAGUGAUGCGGACGAUUAUUAUCCAUUCGUUAUUGGACACGGGCCGAGCUUCAAAGUUAUCGACCCUAAAGUGUACAAACAACUACGGCGACAUAAUAUUCAGCAAAAACCGACCAGUAAAGUAGCGGAAUGUACGAGAAAAUCGACGAUCGUGAGUCACAAAACGCCCGCUACAACAAAGACAAAACUUUCAAGUUCUGAUAGUGCGGACGAUGGCGAUGAAUAUUGUGAACUUUCGCCGCUUGCUAAAGCACCUCCUAUAAAGUUGACUACGCUACGUUCAUAUUCUACUCCAGCAGAACUCAAUCCUAAACCAAGCUUGGGGAGAGUUUCCAGCUUCGAUCGUAGACUGUAUACCGAUUGUUAUUAUUCAAAGACUAAAGCCUCUUUGGUUGAGAGUCAACCGAGCUCUCCGCAAUCACGGCCUACAACAAGACUAGUUGACAAUAGUAACUCGUUUAAUAGAACUAACCAAGGUUCGCAGUGGACUAACGACAAACAGGAACCCCUCUUGUGUGGUGUAGAGGCAGACGAGCUCAUAGACUAUGCCAGUUGUAUGUGUUGUGUAAAAGGAAUCUUUUAUCACUGUACGAAAGACAAUUUUGACGAAGGACACCUGGCCGAGGAGCCGUGUUCCUGCGCCGGACCCGUAAGCUCUUGCGCGCCGAGAUGGGGGUGUCUUGCACUUUUGUCAUUGUUCAUACCCUGUUUGUGGUGUUACUUACCAGCCAGGGGCUGUAAAAAGGCCGCCACCAGCUCGAGAAAAAAGAAAAAGACACAAAAAAGCUUUAAAUUUAACUCGAAAUAGUUGAGAUUAUUUAAUUUGUCUAGGCAACAACUUUUGACUUCAUAAGUCAGAAUUCGAAGUAAUUUUUGUAAAAUCCAUCGCCAUAUGUUAUGUGCGAGUUUUUAUUAGAGUUUUAAUCAAAUGUUUUAUUUGUAUGAGGUGGGAAGUCUGCGAAACGUUAACAGGCUUUUAGGUUUUAAUUAAUCAGGGAAGCGUUAUCUCUUCUUUUAGUGUUAAAUGAUGACAGACUUUUUGUUGCAUUUCAUUGUGUUUAUCGAAAUCCAUAAACCUGAAAUCAGAGUUUGAAAUUCUUUAUUUACGCGAUAGGAUGACUGAUAGAUUAAGUUCUUGUGACUUUAUACCAGACUAUCAAAUGCUCUUGCCAUCUGUUUUUACUCCGGCAAAUCUAAUAAGCCUGUUUGUUUUUCGCUUCCAUCCGAACCAAAACAAAUGCAUCAUGCGAAUAUGCAGCAAUGUAAAAAACAAAUUGUUUAGUUAAAUUAUGACGCGCAGAAAGAGAAUUAUAAUUUAUAAAAGUUUUUAAUCUUUGUAUUUAAGUUUUGUCCUUUUUGACUAUUGUAUGCAACACAGGUUGUUACUUCAGAUGAUAAAUAUGCGGAACACUCUAAAAGGAACUGAAUAAAAUUGGGUGUUUCAGGAUAUGAGUUUUGCGUGGUAGGUUGGUUUUCGUAGUUUUCGAACAUUCCUUCAGUUUCUUGCAGUUUGCGUCCUUCCGUUUUACAUGUUCAUCUUUAUUGAAUCGCGCGCUUUAGCCGCUUUAGCGAAUUAUUUGACAACCGUUCGUAUUAGGCAAUCACUUCCUGACGUUGUGAAAACCGCGUCAACCCAUCGUGUCAUAACCCGUUCAUACCAUUUCAAGUCUGUUCUGAGUGUUCACAAAAGACUUUCGAAGAGUUUUAACAGAGCAAGUCGACGAUAGGACCGCUUUUCCCUUUGACAACAAUGAACCCCUGUGACGUGAUGAAACCCUCAUCGCCCGCUCAUUCAGUCGGAAACGGAAAUGGGAGGUCUCUAUCGAAUUCGAAGCCUAUGUUUCUUCUCAUCCCGAUCCCUCACUAGCCAGCUUGGUCACAGUACUUCCGCUUAUCCUCUAAACGUCUUUAAAAACCUAAAAUAGAUCGCAAUGGAAUCAAUAUUUAACGACCACACGAUGCUCAUGUUCUCCUUUGUGUACAAAAUAAGGAACCAGUUACCAAAAUCACGGUAAUUGCUGACAUACUGGCUUUAAGGCCACCAUGUGGCAUUCCGCGGGCUUGGACUUUUGUUGUCCCAAUUUUCAAGGCAGCAUGAGUUCCGACAACUGACUGUUGGAUAUUAAAACGAGACAGAUAAUCCUUUCCCUUUGAAGGAUUUUAUUUGACGAUAAGUGAACUAAGAAAUCCGUCUCUUUGAAAUAUUGUUGAUUUGUUUGAGACACGUAGAUAAUGACUGUCGAGUCACGCUUAGUGUAAAACAUUUUGAUAACUUUUUUUUGAUAACUAUUUUUACAUGGCUACUAGUUUGCGGACCGUUUUUCAGUUGCGUGUCAGUUUGCUCUGAGAUAAACCAUUGGAUAAACUAACGGAAGGAGGGACUUGUGUCACUUGUGAGGCUAUUGAAAAAUGGUAGAAGGUUCUUUUUUGUCAAAGGAUUUUACUCUUUGAACAAUAUCAAGUAUAUAAAUACCCAUGCUUUUGUUUACUUUAGUUUAACAGUGUAGCUCAUAUCAAAGCUAUAUCAAGAAUCAUGACUGUAAGCGUAUCUUAUAUUUUUCUAAUCAGAUUUUGCGUUUGUGGAAUAAAAAAAGCAGUUUUCCAGUUUUAAUCUUGAUUUUUGACGUUUUGUGACUUGCCCCGAAAUGGUAAUAUGUUUGAGAAAAGAGAAGGGCAGAUCACGCGAACCUUUUGGUCACAGGCCGAAUAAACGGCUCCUCCCCUUGUAAAAGUUCUUUUAGAAUUUGGUCUCAUGUCUUUUACAUCAGGAAAAAAUCUCGAGCCUACAUUUUUCAGGAUUUUUAAUACCUGAUCUUUUAUGUCACAAACAAUUCUUGACAAUCGGAAUAAAGCAACUUUAAUUGGUUUUAAAAUAGUGUAAUCACACUUAUGAAUCAUAAGCUUCAAAAAAGGAAAUGGCCACAACAUUUUUAUUCUUUUUGCUUUUCACACCUUUUGUCCAUGUGCUCUGAUUAAGCGCUUCCGCAGUCUUUUUACCAACGAUUAUUUUGCAGCUUUAGUACCUGUUACUACGAGGAAAAGUUCUAAUGAGUCUACCACUUUUCUUCCGCGAGUUUUGUUACUUUUUCAAGAACUUUUUGCGUUCUUGAACAAAGCAGUGUCUUUGUUUUCAACCUUACGUUUUACUUAUGAGAUACUUAUUAAGUUACUCAUCCUCUGAGACCAGUGGCACGCCAAUUCAGAGGGAAUUAUAUGAACUGAUUCACGGGCGAAAUUGCGUAUUGCUGGCGAAAAGUUUAAGACUUCUCAGGAUCCGCCAAGCUUGAGUAUAGUUGUAUCUUAUCCGUUCUGUAAACUCAUGAAUAGAGUCGUAAUUAGAUAAAUCAGAUAUUCAACCGCGGCACGACUUGCCUAGUUGCGAAGAAGGGAACAGUGAUUUAAGGUACCCUCGUCUUGUCAACUUGUCAUGCUGUUCGGAACUGAUCCCACCCCUGUAACUGCUGUAACUGUUUCAAGUUAUUAAUCCCACAAACCAGAACUGGCUUUUUUACAUACUGACUACGUUAUAACAUUUCGUUUAGAUUCACAACACAACAAAGAAUAUAAAAGAAGCUUUCGAACACUUUAAACUUGGUUUCCAAUGUGAAAAUGUUGGAAGGGGUUGCUUCUGUGAUACCACCACCCAUUUUGUCAAAGUAUGCUUCCUUGACAAUUAUCACACCAAGCAUUUGAAAGGUACGUAGAGAGAGCCGAGGGCGUAUAGCAAAAAAAGCAAAACCCAUAGAAUCUGGUUGUAAAAAUUAAAGCUACACACUCAUUGUCGAACCUGAAGGGAAUUCUAGCCCUGUUGUUAAAAUCUACUGCCAAUUUCGGAUUAAUGUUCAAGCUGUUUGUAUCUAAAUUUAUAUCCUCUGUUUUGGUUCUUUGUUGUCCCAAAUUGUUUUAGCUUCAUCAGCAAUUAAUACGUGGUUUUUACAAGCAAACUGGAUGUUUUUAACAAUGUUUUCGUUUCUAAAGAUAGCUUUGUUCUCUCGCGUCCGUUGUCUAGACAAAUAAUAUUUAACGGAAAAAGCACAUGAAUACCACAGGAUAUCGCUAAUCCACAAGCGAACUAGAGUUUUUAUAUUGGGCUGAUAUUAGGUGCAAUUAAUAGACUGGUUAAAACCAUCUUGUCGCUGUAAGCGGAAGCUGGAACUUGACCUCUUCGAUGUUCAUUUAAAAUUGGAAGGGAGUAACAAUACAGUUUGUUUUGAUAGAGCUUACAUCAGUUUUAUCGUUGUGUUCAGUGCGUGUAUAAAUUAAUUUCUAACAGGAGCAAAUACAGGGCAGUUGUGAACUGCACUGCAAAAACUGGAACAGGUGAUUCUUAGGCGAGGAAAACGAGCGUGGGGUGGGGGCGGGACGACUCUAGUAGGUUAGUUCUAAUAUGAAAAUCAAAAUGUAUUUGUACACACAGUUCUACCUGUGCGAAUUGAAGUGACAGGUUAUGCGGUUAGCGCGCAAAUGUAUAAUGACAGGAAACCAGGCCGAAAUACUGAGUGUGGUUCGUAUAGUUUUGAUUAAAAUAAAUUGAGCCACAUUUUAUGAAGCCGAAAAGUUGAUCUUUUUUAUGAGUUUUAUUUUCAACGUGGCUGAACAGCUAAUCACUUAUAAGCAGAUCUGAGCUCAAAGUUCCGUCUCUCCUUCUGUCCAUCCUGUUUCAGCCUCUCAAAACCAGCACGCGCCAGUGAUAUAGCGCUGUCGGCCGGGGAAGGGCGCUGGCUUCUUGUUUUGGCGCAAAUGUUCCUGUCACGUCCAGCUUGCUGGGCUUCCUUCCAUAGCCUGACUGACAGAACUGACGCGUGCUAUUACAGCUUCAGAGCUUUCAGCGAAUCUGUGAUCUGUGCAUUUUUCCCUCUAAACUGUGAGAUUAGUUAUGUAAUACACACUCAAGUCAAAACACCGUGAGCCUGUGAGCGGAUUGCUGUUGUGUUACCCCCGUCUAUAGUAAAUCUUAAGUAAAUUGUUACAGUCUUCCGUUUCUAAGUCAUGCUUACCAUAUCGUUAAAAGACUUCGGUACAACUCGUUCUAAAUCAUCAAAUCAGUUAUUACACUCCCAAGACUGAGAACACCGUGGGUUUGAAGACGAAUGAUGUUGUUUUACCAUCGCCAAUUUCAUUUUUUUUUUAAGUCUCUCUAGGUCUCAAAAGACUUCAGCGUAACAUGAAACUAUCAGCUAUGACACGCCCAAGUCAAAGAACGCUAGACUGCUUGCAGUCCGCCUUUUCUCUUAAAAUCCGUCUAGUUCUUAUCUCAUUCAGCGCGAUUUCUUCUCGAGCUUACGCUCUCGUUUCCCGCGGCUCGCGGUUUUGCCGCUCGCGUCCUUGGGUUUUGCGUGCAGUAACUUUGCACAGAAAGAUAAAAGACUGCUCGCAGUCUAAAGAACACCGUUGAAGACGAAUGAUGUUGUGUUACCAAAGUCAAUGUCAAUUGUUAGUUGUCAGUUCUACGUCUUAAACAUCUUUUUAAGACUUCAGCGCAUCCCUGCAUGAUUUUAGUCUUUAUUAGUUUUUCUCCGUUACUCCCAGUGCUAUCAGAGCCAGGAAAAAGUGCACCAAAGUGAAGGAUAUGACAUCUUAUUCAUCUUUAAUUUUUCCUCUUUAUUUUUCCCAUAUAUAAAAUAUACAUUUCUUUAUUUUGGGCGGUAACACAACAAGUAUCAAAAGACCUUAAUAGCCUUUACUUAAUCAUUUGUAAGUGAAUAGGUUUGGUUAAUAAAGUUGAGUUAUACGAAAACUGAAAUUUCCUACCAAGGUGAGUGUACCGCAGCUGCCGAGAAAAUGUUUCUUGGAAUUUUCCACUGGGGAUAAAUUUCGUUAAGGUCUAUUUUCACCUUGAGACAUAUCCAUUGAAAAGAUACCUUCAUUUUUCCAUAGGUAUUUUGUGAAGAACUAGUGUUUUGACUGACAAAUAAGAAAAUGUCGGUUUGUUCAUUAUCUACCAGUCAAAAUAGGUAAAUUCCCACGUUUUAUGAAUAAUAAAACCAAGUUUCUCUUUCCUGCCAGCCCCGAAGGAAACCGCACCCCAAAAUAAGAAAUGAAACCGCCUCUUAGUAAAUACAUUUCAUUUUACCGAUCAGAUUUAAUGGCCGACUUGUUUUCCUGUUGGGUUUUGGGGGGUACAUUAUAUAGGUACGUGCCGCGGGAAAGGGUAUGGUUUAUGAAGUGCUCAGUACUCAAUUACUAGUAGGGCAUCCGUUUUUGGUAUUGUUGUCUUUUGUUAGGGUCGCUACAAUCACAGACCCUCAGCCUCUGUCCUUUUGCGUUAUUUGGACUUACCAAGAGUGUUAAACUGGAGUUUUCAGAUCGUUUCAGAUGCGGUUAG